AUGGACGGCAUAGAAGAUACAACAUCUCGUCCCGCAACCCGCCAGCCAAAGAAGAGAUUUGUCGGCAGACGGACAGCAGAUGCCCAGGCACAGACUGACUCUACCAACACCGACACCAGCAUAGAGAAGGCCACCCCUCGAAAACCACCCCGAACCCUGAAUCACAUCCCCCCCUCCAUCUCCGAAAACCCCGACAUCCUCGCCGCCGUCUCCCUCCUCCCAUCAAACUACUCCUUCGAAAUCCCCAAAACAAUCCACCGCAUCCGCACCUUAGGCGCAAAGCGAGUCGCCCUCCAAUUCCCCGAAGGCCUGCUGCUGUUUGCAACCACAAUAUCAGACAUCCUCACCGAGUUCUGCGAUGGCGUUGAAAUCCUGAUCAUGGGCGACGUCACGUACGGCGCCUGCUGUAUCGACGACUACACGGCGCGCGCCCUCGGCUGCGAUCUUCUGGUGCACUACGCGCACAGUUGUUUGAUACCUGUAGACGUCACGACCAUCAAAACCCUCUACAUCUUCGUGGACAUUAGCAUUGACACAACCCACCUUAUCGCCACCCUCGAACGCAAUUUUCAGGCUGGAAAAACAAUCGCAACGGUAGGCACAAUCCAAUUCAACGCUACCUUACACGGCCUCAAACCCGUCCUCGAGCGCGCAGGCUUCAAAGUCAUAAUCCCUCAAAUCAUGCCGCUCUCAAAGGGUGAGAUAUUGGGUUGCACGUCGCCGCAGUUGUCGGACAAGGAAAUCGAUUAUUUAUUGUAUCUGGGUGAUGGCCGGUUCCAUCUCGAGUCGGCGAUGAUACAUAACCCCAAAAUUCCGGCAUAUAGAUACGAUCCGUAUUCGAGGGUGUUGUCGCGAGAGACGUAUGAGCAUGAGGAGAUGCAUACCCUACGUCGGGACGCGAUAACCGCCGCCUCCAGCGCCAGAAAAUGGGGCAUCAUUCUCGGCUCUCUGGGCAGACAAGGAAAUCCACAUACAAUGUCAUUAAUCGAAUCACAUCUUAACAAAAAGGGCAUUCCGUUUGUGAACUUGUUGCUUAGUGAAAUAUUUCCGGGGAAACUGGCUUCUAUGCCUGAUGUGGAGUGUUGGGUGCAGGUUGCGUGUCCUAGGUUGAGUAUUGAUUGGGGUUAUGCGUUUCCGAGACCGUUGUUGACGCCGUAUGAGGCUCUUGUUGCGUUGGAGGCAAGAAAGGGGUGGGAUGAAGGGAACGGGGGUGUUUAUCCGAUGGAUUUCUAUGGGAAGGAUGGGCUGGGUAGGACGAGGGCGGAGCAGGUCUCUGUUUGA